GUAUUGGAAAUAUUAUUUAUUAUAAGAAAGUAACUUAAAGCAUCACGCAAAAUUAAUUGUAGACGGAUUUUUCAUACAUAAAGUUAAACUAGUUAAUUGAUCUUCAAUCUAUUCCGAUUACAAAAAUGCAAGAUAACGAUGUCGAACGAUAUUUGAAGGAGAGUUCUAAAAGUUAUAAAGAAGCAAAAGUAAAGAAUUAUGCAAGGAGGAGCUCGCUACAGAAACGAACACUUGGUAUUGAGACUGAGAAAAGGAUUGCAGCAGCCAGUUUUAACAGGGAAGAAAAACAACUGAGAGAACAAUUGAAACAGAUGAAGAUCGAGAAAAAGAAGUAUUCAAUCAUAAACGACUUAAGAGACAGGGAACACAGUCACAGUGCUGUACCAGAGGAACCACGUGUCCAUGAAAUCAGGAUACCAACAGAGCCUUAUCCAAUCACAAUUAGACCUUUAGGUAGUCCAAAGGCUGCUAGGAAAAAUGGUAGAAGCUUUGAAGAAGAAGGUAUGAGAUAUGCCCGAAACAGAGGAAGAAGAGUUUCGAAAGAAUUUGAAGACUUACAUAUAAAUACAAAGACUGGUCAGUUAAAUAACAAACCAAUGAAUAUGGCUAAGAAGGUUAUGAAAGAUAAACUCUCUGGUGGCAUGACUCGCAGUUUAACUACAUUACCUCCUACCUCACCAAGUACUCCAAGAAAAAGAAGCUUAUCCAGAAAACAUAGCCAAAAUAGUGACGGUUCUUCUCCAUCGCAUAGUGUGUCUUCCAUUGACAAUAUUCAUUGGGUAGGAGAACUAGAAGCAACAAAAUCAAUACGCCGGAACCGGAAGACAGUUGAAGAACAGGAACUCAUUACAGAAUACAAUCGAUUAUCAAAGCAUUCUCCAUCUUGAUUAAAAAAGCUGUUGACUAUAACACAAUAAAGAAAAAAGAUAAAGAUGGGUGCAUAUAUAACUAUAAAACGGAUGGUAAAAGGCUUUAAACUGUGAUGGUAUUAAAUGUUACAAAUGAUUAUGAGAACUAUUCGCAUAAAAAUAGUGACCACUUGCAGAAGAAUUUAAUGAAAGUUUCAGCCAUAUUUUUAAGUAUAUAUGAAUUUAAAAAGUAAAAUUUGGGCAGCUUGGAUUCAUAUUCAGCGUAAGUCAACUGAACUAUAGUUCAAAAGCAGAGUUGAAUGUAAAGGGGUAUUUUCUCUAGUAUGCAACUGAACGAAAAAUCAAAAAGCUUAUAGUUUGUAUAUCCAAAGUAGUAAAAAAAAGCAUAGAACUCAAAGCAUGGCACAAUUGACUCAACUCGUUUGGUAUCUAACCUAAAAUCAUGUAUCCAUCCCCUUAUUUUUGGGAUAAUAUACUGAAUAUAUGAAAGAUUGCUAAAUAUUCUAAUGCUCGAUCAAACAUGAAUAUCGUAUUUUCUGCGCUUUUCAUUGCCCUUUUUAUUUAAGUGUGAUUCAUUUUUGCCAAAACAGUUUAAAUGCAAAGCUUUGAGAAUUAUACGAUUGUGCUAUUCAAAAAAGUCAUAUAUUAAAAGAGUUGUACAUGUAUAUCGGUGGUAGAGAUAGUAGUGAAAGUAUAAUAGUUUAAAUAAUUUUAAUGUUUCCCGGUGCUAAAACACUUGUACAAUAAUAAUGUAUGUAUAGUUGACAAUUUGAUGACAAAUUACAAAGUACAUUAACCCUUACAGAUUGAAAUCUUUAUUAAAGAAAUUGUAAUUCAUAAAACUGUCAAAAUAUACAUAUGUAUGCAUUAACAACAUACUCAACGUGGAUUGCUUUGUUAUUGAAGUACCAUUGAUAAUAUUACUUCAAGAGUUUACUUAAACUAUGAUUUAUUUGUUUUGUACUUAUUAAAUAAAUGACACAUUCUUUGAACACAA